AAUGCUAAUAUGAAAAUUAAAAAAACCUUAGAAUCAUUACAAAAUGAGAACCCAGAUAUUGACUUUGAUGAACGAAGAUACCAAGAUGUUUCAAAUUGUAUUAUAAUAAUGAAAGAUAAGGAGACAUCAAAUGAUUUUGAACCAGUAUCACUACAGAAAGGUAACUCAUUGUCUGAUUUUGAAGAAGCUGAAAACCAUGUACGUAAAUUUGCUGAAUUUAAAGGAUAUUUCAAUCGUAUUAUAAUAAUAGAAGAUGAGAAGACAUCAAAUGAUUUUGAACCAGUAUCACUACAGAAAGGACAUAUAAUGGCUAUUAAUAAUGCAGAAGAUGAAAGGAUCAUUUGCAAAUAUACAAUUAACUAUAAGCAUUCAGGUGUAUAUAAGCCAAAAAAUCCUGAAAAACUGGACACCUCCAUUCAACAAAUAUAA